CACACUACCUGCCCGCGUCGUUUUGCUUGGAGUUUUAGCGUCUGUGUCGGUAUUUAAAUUGAACGACGCGUUGUAGAAGAAAAGAUUUCGUAUGUUCCAGUUUUAAAAACGUAUCAUUUAAUAGUUAUCCGCGUAUCCGUUUAGUUCGUGUCAAAAUCAUAGUCAUAGUUGUCACUUGGUUUUUUUUUUUUUGUUUAAUUUUUUUUUUCGCCUGCGAUCUGCGAUCCAUCAGCAAACUUUUCAUUACCUCCACCAACCGAAACAACAGUUAUCCGAGACUCAGCCAUGGACAUGAGAACAUGGAAAAAAAUUCUGCUGCAGUGGGUCACGGAAUGCAAGUUUAUAGAAGAAUCAUUUAUAACUCUGGAGCAAACGGAUCUUGAGGGGUUUUACAAGGUCUAUAUUCAACAUGCCGAGACCGAGAGCGAGACCGAGACCGAGACCGGAGAAGCCCAGGCACUGCAGGCCCAGCUGGAGCAUAAACCAUCUACACUCCAAGAUUUCAUCAAAGAAACCUAUCCAGAAUUCACCCUACAUCUGGACAACUAUGGUCACGUAGUCGGUUCUGACUUUAUUUAUGUCUAUACUCUGCUGCUCCACUACACCUGCGUGAAGCAACCAUGCGAUUUCUUUCACUCAAUCUGCAAGAAGCUACCCGAUGUCACACAGGCAUUCGUGGCCUCCUUUUUCCAACAAGCGGUGGCCAAACCACAGCUAAACCGCGAGUGUUUGCGACAAGCCAUAGCGAACAUGGCAUGUGUGGUGCGUACGCCGACGAUGUCCUCGGAAGUAACGAGCGGAGGCGGUAAUCCGGACAGUACACCGCGUGCGCGACCGCGUCGUUCCACAUCCAACUCGAUGAGUCCCAACAGCAAUGGCAGCGAUGAGGAGCACUCAGAUGAUCCGCACACUGAUGCGGUCGAGAUUCAGUCCACAGCAGACUCGCCAGGACCGCCGGCGAGUACUCCGUUGCAUCGGGAGCAGAAGUGGGGCGACCGUGCCCAAGUACUAGCAAAUAGCGGUGAUAGUGCGGAAAUGCAGGCUCCGCCCACUCCCAAAACGGAGCUCCUGGAGCAACGGACAAAGGAACUACUGGGACUACGUGCCCAGCUAGAGACCGAGCGCUAUGAAAAAAAUGUUCUCGAGGAACAGAUCCUGGCAAAUGAGCACCUCAUUAACGCACUAACCAAAGAGAAUACAGUGAAAAAGUGCCAGCUGGCCAAGCUAAAGGCAGAUAAACGCGAUGAGGAGGAUGGCGACAUAAAGAACUAUGUGCCCAACGAAUUCGAUAAUAUGAAGCGUAGCCUGAUGAAGGAGAUCAACCAGUUGGAGGGCAUUAUAGCGGGCACAGAGGAUAAGCUGCAGGAUUUGGAAACUGAAAAGGCCGAUGUGGAAGACAAGCUGAAAGUGGCAUCCGAGCAAGUUGUUGUUUGCAUGAAUCGAAUCCGGGAACUAGAGUUGCGGUCGGAGGAGACCAACAUGAUGCUGGAAGCGAAGGACGUUGCGAUCCGUUUAAUGCAGCGGGACAAGCAGGAACUGGAGCUGUGUCUUCAGGAGGCCCGUGACGAGCUACACAAUCGCCGUGAAGUUCUCAACGCUUCCUCAGACCUGUUAGAUUGUUCACUAUCGCCGAACACCACACCGGAAAACCUGGCCAGUUCCGUGAUCGACAAGCAGCUGCGAGAAAGGGAGCUGGAGAAUUCUGAGCUUAAAGAAGAGCUCCUUAAGAUGCAGAAAUCCCUCCAACAGCUAAGCCAGGAAGUGGAGGGGACUCUCCAAAAGUUCUCCCUGCCUGAGGUCCAGCCCGACGACUCCUUGACUUUGCGCCUUCGAAACGCCUUCAUGAUUAUGGAAUCUGCCUAUGAAGAGCAACUCGCCACGGUCAAAGACAUGAAGGAGCAGUACGAAGAGCAAAAGAUCAUGUAUGAUAGACUAUUCGAGAGCAGCCAGGUCAUGGGUCUAGAUUUGGAAAAGCAAAAAUCCGAAAUGAUGAAGCUCCAAGAACAGAACAUAGAUUUGCAAAACUGCCACCAGUCUAUGGUAAGUCGCGAAAAGCAGCUCAGGGAUAAGCUGGCGGCGUCGGACACCCACCUUGGGACGAUAUCGAAGCAGUUGGACGAGAAGGAGGUCCAGAUAGCUCAGCUCGGCGACAACAUCAAGAAUGUUUGCGACAGGAACAAAGAGCUAAUCGAUCGGGCUGAAAUUCUCAAUUUGAAGCAUGAUGUUGUCCGGCAAAGGUACAGCGAUUGCCAGGAGCUGCUCGAGGGCAGGAAGCAGCAUCAGGAUACUGAUGACUGGGACCGUACUCUGGCCCGCAUCGAAGAGGUGAUCGAGACCAGGAACCGCUUGAUGAAAGAGAACGAAACUCUGAAAUUGGCGAAUCUCCAAGGCCAGGAGCGAAUCACUAACUUGGCAGAGCAAUUGGAAGAGAUGGAUCGCAGCAUUCGGGCGGAGAAUGCCGAUCUGAUCAAACGGCAAGCCACAGAAAUCGAAAAGUACGAAGCUUUAGAGGCGAAGUACUCUGUUGUGAUGGAAGAGCAUGUCGCUAUAAAGGAGAAGUAUUCCGCUGCGUUGGAGGAGCAGGCUGGUCUUAAGGAGAAGCACGACUCAGUCGUGGAGGAGUUAGCUACUCUAAACCAGAAACAUGCCAUUCUGACCGCGGAGCGCGAUGCUCUCAACAAGGAUCACGUCGCCCUGAACUUGAAGCACAUCGCUGUGAUCGAUAAGCUAGCAGCUCUGGAGAAGCAGCUCGAUGAGGUGCAUAAAAAUUUCACGAUAAAGAACCUGGAGCUGCGCUCCUCCUUGCAGCAGAAGCAGCAGGAAGUGGCCGAGGCAGAGGCAAAGCUGGCCAGGGCCAUUGUGCCGGAUGAGGAGGUCUUGGCUGCCCUGAAGUCGCGAUUGGAUGUAGACUCGUCGUCGGAGAAUCUCCUUCAAGAUUGCCUCGAUAAGAUGCAGAAGAUGGAUGACCUUCGGCAGAUCCUGGAGGCGGAAGCCGUAGUCCUGAAGGAGGAGGUGCAGAAAUUAAACGACCAAAUCGCCGCCGAUCCCAACGCGCACAUCGUGAAGCGCCAGAACGAAACAAUUCAAAAUCUCGAGGAGGUUAACGAGAAGCUCAGCAAUGACUAUUCCAAGUUACAGCUCCUGCACUCCGACAUGGAGGAGUCCCUCAAUACCAGCAAGCUCAAGAUGUCUCAGCUGGAGGCGUCCAAUCAAGUGAUGUCUCAGCGCAUCGUUGACCUUGAGAAUUCCGUGAGCUUGGAGGCUAUGAUAGCGGAAACUAAGAUGACCAAGCAAGAGGAGCUGCACAACCUUAAGUUCAAGACUGUCAUGGAAGAACUGCAGAGAGAGAUAUCGGAGAAUGAGGAGAAACAUCAUAAUACUCUUAAGGCCCUGGCUGAGGAGUUGAAUGGUCGGCUAUCGGCGGCGGUGGUUAAGGCAGACGCCGAGCAAGCGAUGGUGUUGCAGCAGUUACAGGAACUGUCCGACCGGGAUCGCCAACUCUCGGAGCAGAUUGAAAUGCGAACGCAACAGGAGAGGCAGAUCUCCAUCCUGCAUGCGAGCCAUUCGGAUGAGAUCAGGGCCCUGAAGGACGACUGUGCCAGAUCCAUUCAACAGUUAGAGAGGCAGAACCAAAGACUCGAGGAUGACUUGGCCCAAACCAAUCGGGAGUUGGCUAAAAUGACGUCGGAUCAUAACCAGAUGAUGGCGGCCAAUGACCAGUUGAGGGCAGAACGACAGGAAAUAGAUGACCAGCUGAAGAAACUAGAGCAGGAUCAGAUCCGGGACAAGCGUGAGGCCCAGACGGAGAUCGACCAGUUGAAGACAAAGUUGCAAGAGGCGCAGAACGAAAUCAAUGCCGCUUUAAAGGCUAUGGAGAACUCGAGGAUUCAGGCAGACAAAGAGCAGGCUACCCUGAAGGAAGACAUCGAAAACCUUAAGGCAGCCUUGCAAGAGGCCCGCGAGGAGACCAUGAAAUCUCAGAAAGUUGCCAAGACAUUGGAGGAUGAGCUGGCCAUCUCCAAGGUGGAACUCGAGAGCUCCAAGCAAAAGGAGGAUCUGGGCCGGAAAGAGGUCGACCGCUUGAAAGAGGAACUGGAAACGCUGUAUAAAAAAACCCAGGAAGGAAAAGACCAGAAGGACAACCAAAACCGGGAAAUCAAGGCUCUCAAAGAGGCCCUGGCUCAAGCCAAGGACCAGGCCAAGGAAGAGAGAUACAAGCUCAAGGAGCAUCUGCAACAAGCACACCUCCAGGUGGUGGAAGCCAUGGAGCGGGACCAAAAAGCUCAGGACAAGAUAGAGAUACUCAAAGAGCAACUGAGCCAGGCUCAGAUCCAGUUCGAGGAAGAGAUGAUCUUGAAGCACGAGGAGCUAGUCAAGGUCAAGCAGGAACUGGCUGAAAUCCAUAACCGCUUUGAAGCCACCAAGGAGCAUCUGGAAGCCAAAAACCGGGAGUACCAACAAGCUCAGGACGAGAUCAAGGAACUCAAAGAGCAACUGAGCCAGGCUCAAAUCCGGUUCGAGGACGAUAGGAGCGCGAAGCAGGAGGAGCUCGUAAAAAUCAAGCAGGAACUGGCCGAAACCCAUAGCCGCUUUGAAGCCACCAAGGAGCAUCUGCAAAAAGCACACAGCCAGGUGGUGGACGCCAAAAACCAGGAGUACCAACAAGCUCAAGAUGAGAUCAAGGAACUCAAAGAGCAACUGAGUCAGGCUCAGAUCCGGUUCGAGGAAGACAGGAGCUUGAAGCAGGAGGAGCUCGUUAAGAUUAAGAAGGAACUGGCCGAUUCCCAUAGCCGCUUUGAAGCCACCAAGAACCGGCUGAUGCAGGAGCUCGAGGCACAGAAGGAGAGUGAGAAGGUCAAGCGCACGCAGGAGAACAAGCAGCUGAACCUUCAGCUGAAGGAUGCCCAGCAGGGUGUCUUGGAGCAGAUAAACCAGGUGGCAGAGAUGAAGACUCAGGUUGAGCAGAUUCUCCAGGAGGUCAGCGAGGGUUACGAGGAGCAGCUACGCCUCGCGAAACGACAGCUGGAGGAGGAGCUCCUCAACUCUAGCCAGCUGAAAGCCGAUCUGCGCAAGCAGGAGCAGGAGGUGCGCCGGCUCCGGUCUCAGCUCACCGCGCAGACGCAGCGCUUCGAGAAGGACUCGGCCGCCAUGGGCGAGUAUCAGUCGGAGGCUGGCCGGCUGCAGGAGGAGCUCAGACAGGCGCGUACCGCCCUGGAGGAGCAGUCUUCGGCGAUCGAACAGUUGCAGCGCGACAAGGAGGCCGUGCAGCAGGAGCUAAGCUUGAUGGAGCAACGAGUUGGCGAGUAUCAAGUGUCGCUGGCCACACUUGAGGAUCGGUUGGAGCAACUGGAGAAGCAACGCGUCCAGACCGAAACGGAACGAGCCGCCGCCCACGAGCGCAUCACCAAGCUGGAGUCCAUGCGCGAGUCCCGGGAGCGCGAGAUGUGCCACCUGCACGCCCAGCUGGCGGAUGCCGAGCAGGAGAAGGUGCGCCUCAGCCUGGAGAUUGGUGGCCUGAACUCGGAGAUCGAGCAGUGCCGCCAGAACCUCGCCAAGCAGGCGGAUGAGAUUGUCGGCCUGCACCAGAACAUCGAGAAGGUCCAGCAGGAGCGCAGCCGCGAGCGAGAGGAGCUGGUGAAGCUCCAGGAGAAGUUGGCCGAAGUCCAUCAGGAGCUUGAUGGCCAUCGUCUAGUCCACGAGGCCCAGUUGUACGAGCUGGAGGAGAAGAUCCGCGAUUACGAGCAGGAGCAGGCCGAGUUGACCGAACGCGCCCAACGCUACAUGGGCCGUGCAGAGGAGCUGGAACGUCAGCUGGCCAGCAACAGCCAGAACCAGGCAACAGCCGUUACCACCGAUCUGGGCGCCACCUACACCAUGUCGGAUGCCCCGCCGGCGGAUGCCGAUUCCCAGUGCCAGGGUGACCUGCUGCGGCACAGCCAGGCGCAGUACGACAAGCUCAAGUUGGACUGCCAGAUUCUGCAGGCCAAGUACCGGGAGUCCAAGGAAGAAAACCAGCGGUUCGAGCAGAAGAUCAAGGAUCAACGUCUGGAGAUGGAGGGAAAACUGGAUAAGAUGAAGAACAAAAUGCGAUCCCUAUACACCGCGGAAGUGACUCGAAUGAAGGAAAAGCAGGAAAGGGAUGCGGCCGGAACUAAGGCGGAGCUGGAGGCUCUCACAGCGCAGAAUGUAAAAUAUGAGGAACAUACACGAAAACUAUCGAAUCAAAUUGUACGACUUAACGAGAAGAUUCUGGAACAACAGAAACAACAUGCCAUCACCACCACCAAACUGAGACACCUACAGAUGCAGCCUGGUCCCGAGCCACAGAAACCCAUACCACCGACCGCUUCCAUCAGCUCCGCGGCGAGCAACGACGACUGGCAGCCAUUCAAGCGACCCACUGCCCCGUCAUCGAACCUGGCCAUGGAGGAUGAGGAGGGCGAGGUCUUCAACAACACCUACCUAACCGAUCUCAAGUUGGGCCGUGUACCAGAUGUGAUCACAGCCGAGGAGCUGAACUAUCGCAACUCCCUGCAGCCGCCGCAUCUGAAGAGCGCUUAUGCAGCCCAGUACGAUCUAAGCAGCCAUGACGAAGAUUUCAAAGACGGACCGCACAGCUUGGACGAUAGCAUGAGCGCCCUGCUGAGCUCCUCCACGAGUCAUGGCACACGCAAAAAAUCGAUGGGUACCCAUUAUAAGCGACCAGGACCACCGACACCCAGCAAGCAUGGCGGCCGCCUGUCCUUUGGCAGUUCGGAGCCACCGCGUGAGAUUCUGCGCGAAUGUAGCGACCACAACAAUGGCUCUUCCAAGACACCGGCACGUUUCAAGUUCCUAUCCUCGCGUUUCAGCGUCGGCAGCAGCGGCCUGCCACGGGACGAGCUGCCGCGUCGCAAGCGGUCGAAUCUGCUGACCGGAAUGCAGCGCCGUCGGCUCCAGCGUCAGGUGGAUGGUGUCUUUUGUACAUCGACGCCGCGCAAGAGUCGCUCCUACUACGAUCAGCAGCGUCUGAUCCGCGUCAGUGAUGCGGCAACCACCACAGCCGAAGACGCCGACCAGGACGAGGAUGCGGUCGAGUUGGCAGAGCAGCUGGAUACGGUCGAAAUGCCAGAGUCAGUGGUGGAGCAGCCUGAGGCAGGCCAUGACGAUCAGGGCACGCCGCAUUUGUCGAAUGGUGCGUUGUUUGCCAUCACCAAGGGUCACACCCGCCGGAUCACCGGACACGUGCCAGCCCAGCGGCGUAAGGGUCGUGUAUCCUUGUGCCUGCACGGCAAUAUCUUUGCCAAAUCCCGUCCGGCCGGUGGGACCAAGAUAAGCACGUCUUCCAUGGCUGGGAAGAUGAUGCAGCAACGCCGCAAACUGCGCCAGGAUCGGAUAGGACGUUUCGACCAGGGACGCCACUUGGAAAAUGUUCGCCUCUCCGGGAAUCUCACCUACUCGGUGGUCAAGUCCGGGGACAAUAACAACUACAGCCUGCACAACCGGAACGAGGAGCAGUCACCACAGGUUGUGGACAAGAGUCCGCCACCGGUGGCAACUACUUUCCUCGUGGACACUGCCGAGAGGGUGAAGAACCAAGUGGACCAAAGUCAAGACCGUAGCGCAACCUGGCAACUGAGGCAACAGUUCGAAAUGGAGAAUCAGGCCGGCUGGCAGAGCUUCUCGGAGGACAAAUCACCUGGUCUCUUUGAGCAGCUCUGCAAAGACACGGCCUCCACGGCGCCUUUCCAGCUGGAGCCUCUGGUGUACAACGAUCAGGUGUUGGAGGUGCCAAUCCUGUCCAGAAGCAGCAGCAAUGUCACGGAAGCGAGCUGCUCCACCACCCAGACGAACGUGACUAGUGGAGGAGCUAGUGUUGCCAGUGCCGCGAGUACCCUGAGUGUCGCUAGUACCAUGAGUGCUGCCAGUGCUGUCUCCUCUCGCACCGUCUUUUCGCUGAGCAGCUUCCACGUGCAGCCCCUACCACAUGUCAACGUUACGUACGUCCAGAGGACAGACUCAAGGAUGCGGCCGGUUCGCGACCAUUCGCUGCGGGAUCAGUGCUGGCGUUUCUUAGGCCAGCUGGGUCUCGGUGAGCGGCUGGUCAUGAUCGUGGCCCUCCUGUCGAUUGUUGUCCUUUGCUCGCAUCUAGCGGACAGGAUAGUGCUGACGUUGACCGCUCUGCUGGCGGGAAUGGUUCUUCUCAUGGUCAUCAUGCCGGGACGUCAAUAGUUUCUCCAAUCAAGCCAAUUCCAGGAUCAUCUCACAUAGAUUUUAAGUGUUCCUUUAUUGUUCCAAUCGAUAUUUUUUGUUGUUUUUGUUUCGAAUUUACAGAAUUCACCUCCAAAGCGACGACUCAGCAACAUGUUCAAGCGCAAGUAGAGACGCCUCCAGACGAGUAGUAGUAUCCCCCAAUUCUUGUACAGCAACUGGACCUCAAAACCGUAUUCCUACCGGAAUAAAUUAAAAUUAACUAACAUCGAAAUCCGACCUUUUUUUUUUUUGUUUAAAUGUAUGAAACUAUUUUUGUGCCCGAUUGCAAGUGAAGAGCAUAAGGGCUAAAAAUUAAAACAGAUAAUAAACUUGUGUAAAUAUAUGUACUUAAAA